GCUGCGGAGGGAAACGCUUGGCUCUCCGGGACCGGCGCCUGCCGCGGUGCGGAUGCGUAUGGACGAAUCCUCGUGAAAACAGCUCCCGACGUUUUCCCCCACCCCCCCCAAAAAAAAAAACCAAACCCAAACAAACCACCCACUUGGAUAAUUAAAACGGUUUUUGGCAGUAUCCAGUGUUGCUAAGGAUGAUUUAAUUCCUACUACCGGUCCUAUUCCCAGAGGCAGCUUCUCCAAGGUGGCUCCUGACACAGGAAAUGAAUUCUGCAGCAGAAGAGGAGCACAGGGACGUGUCGCCUCCACUCCCCUUCCAGCAAACUCUUCUGAGACCAAUUCUCCCUCAAAGCUGUCCUGGUGAUUACACAGCAGAAAAAUAAUUCCCCAGUUGUUGGACCAGGGUAACUGCUACAGGUAAAGAUCGUCUUUAAAAGCAAACAUGGAUUUAAUAAACUCAACUGAACAAAACAUUACAUCAGAAGAACCUUUCAAAUGGGCAACAUCCAAGAUUCUCAUUUCCAUUACCCUGUCUGUGCUUGCUCUAAUGACAACGGCCAUCAAUUCUCUUGUGAUGACUGCAAUAAUUGUGACAAGAAAACUCCACCACCCCGCCAACUAUCUAAUCUGCUCUCUUGCAGUGACUGACUUCCUUGUGGCAGUCCUGGUGAUGCCCUUCAGCAUUGUCUACAUUGUAAAGGAGACCUGGAUCAUGGGGCAGGUGGUGUGUGACAUUUGGCUGAGCGUGGACAUCACGUGCUGCACUUGUUCCAUCUUGCACCUCUCCGCCAUUGCUUUGGACCGGUACAGAGCGAUCACGGAUGCCGUGGAGUAUGCCCGGAAAAGGACACCUAAGCACGCUGGCAUCAUGAUAGCAGUUGUAUGGAUCAUAUCCAUCUUUAUCUCCAUGCCACCUUUGUUUUGGAGGCACCAGACAACCAGCAGGGAGGACGAAUGCAUCAUCAAACACGACCACAUUGUUUCCACCAUUUACUCCACAUUUGGCGCCUUCUACAUCCCGCUGGCCUUGAUCCUGAUCCUUUACUACAAGAUCUACAAAGCAGCAAAGACAUUUCACAGGAGAAGUGUCAGCCGGAUUGUGAGGGAGGAGGGUGUGAAUGGACAAGUCCUUUUGGACACAGGUGAAAGAAGCACCAAAUCAGCUUCAAUGCCCAGCACAACAGAGAAGACCUCAGAUCCCGUGGCGAGCUCUGAUAAAAUCAACAUCACCCUACGAAGCCCCAGGUCUGAAUCCAAGCAUGAGAAGUCCUGGAAAAAACAGAGAAUCUCCAGCACAAGGGAGCGAAAGGCAGCAACGACGUUGGGUUUGAUCUUGGGAGCAUUUGUGAUCUGCUGGCUCCCGUUUUUUGUAAAAGAAGUAGUUGUUAAUACCUGUGAAACAUGUCACAUCUCAGAAGACAUGUCUAAUUUCUUAGCAUGGCUGGGAUAUAUAAACUCUCUCAUUAACCCUUUAAUCUACACAAUCUUUAAUGAAGAUUUCAAGAAAGCCUUCCAGAAGCUUGUACGGUGUGGGCAAUACCUUUAAGAGCUUUUGUUCAUCUAAGGAGAACAUAGUCAUUGUUUUUUAACCUGUAUAAAUUUAUAUAACUGAGAUGGCAUUUGUUGUAUUUAAGGCAAAGCACCAGGACUCUGCAUUUACAUUAUAAUGACUUCUUUUGUAUAGGUAAUAUUGGGAGCAUUAAUUGCCCAAGUUUUAAAGAGAUGGAUCAUCUGGGAUUGGUUUUGCUCUAGAAAAAGAGGUAUUAUAUUGUGGCUCUGAUCCAGUUGGGAUUUGCACAACUGCCUAGCUUGAAGCAUAAGGUAUUACUGUAAAUGUCAAGGAAAUACGCACUUCAAGUAAACAAAGAAACAAAACUUUUUUAAAAGUAACCCUCAGUCAUCAAUGAAAUGUUAAGUAAAACAACACACACUUUUAAACCCUACUGAUGGGUAUAAGAUUCUAUCUUAUGAUAGAAAAUACACCAUGGAAUGACAACAUGAUUUUAACAGUCUGGCACAGGCCUGCAGCAUAAAGCCAAGUCAUUCACAGCCAAGGGUAGUAGCUUUAAAUAUAUCUACCAUCAUCCCAUGUCAGCCAGCUGAGUGAGCUGCAGCCCUGCCUUGUCCCAUAAAUGGACUUCCCUGUCUUACACAGCACCCCAGCAGCAGGCAAGGGGCUGUCACAGGUUACCAGUUUCACAGCAAGCCAGUGU